AUGGCCCUCGACCCUAAAUGUGCUCCUGGGGGCAACUUUGAUCUGUCGUACUGGAAUCUCCAGCUCCCCACUGGCGAAAGCGGGCAUCCCACGACCAUCACUGCAUCGAAACUUAAAGGUUGCAAAGGGUAUCAAGAUUCCAGUGUCUUCUACACCGACGAAAAGAUGGUGCUCUACAGACACUGCCGUACCGAGCUGCGCGAGCUCAAUUCUGAUGGCAGUAGUAAGGCUAGCUGGAGUCCUUCUGCGUCGAAGAACCGGCUAAGUGCCACGGUCACCGUACCCAAGCCGGACGAUGGCUCCCAUGGCACUGUCAUCGGCCAGAUCCAUAUCGAUGAUACCAUCUCCACCAAACCGGUGUGCGAGCUCUAUUACAGCACAGAGGGCGACCUUGUCAUGGGAGUUGAAAAGACGCGCAAGGGGGGCAAGAGUAUCUUCACUAAGGUGGGCAAUGCUCCUGUUGGAAAGAAGUUCUCCUACGAGAUUCGCUAUGAGUCGGACGAGCUGAGUGUCAGCAUCGAUGGCGGGUCGCCGCAAAAAUUGGACACUUAUGAGUUGGACUCGCCCAAAUCGUACUUCAAGGCUGGGAACUACAAUCAGGGGGACUCGGCUUCGGAGGUGCACUUCUAUGAGCUUAAUGUUCAGCAUUGA